ACGUCAGUGAAUAGUAGCCCAUCAAUACCAAAGCACCCUCCCUGCCGCUUGCGAACCGGCGAGACAGUGACUGACAUAGCCGUCGCACACGCUCCAUACCUGGACCCACCUGGCUGCAAGGCAGGGAUGGAGGGGGACACGCUGCCCGCCGACCAAGGCCCAUCCGCCGCCAAGAUGAGCCGGAGUGACCCAGGCAGGAUUUUGCACUGCAAGUCGCGUCUCGACCGCUUCGCCUCGAUCGAGCCUUCGCUAUUUACUGACGUAGAGGCUCGACACUUUACGUUCCACCCUGGCCAGCCUUUCCCUUUCCAGAUGCAACGCCAGCUAAACCACCGCUACCACCAUCAGAGGUUCCCCGCCGAGGGCAGGCCCAGUUCCAGGGUCCCGACAUCCACCUCCGCGGAGGUAACGGGCGGCGUCGCUUUUGACACCCGACAACGGCGCGCCAUCAUCGGCGUGGCAGAGUCCACACACUCCGCUGUACGACAGAAGCAAGAAUCGCCAGACUGCACCUUUGGGAUCACUUCAGAGAACCGACUCAUCUUGGACGCCUUUGCCAAGGAGUGCAGUCGAGUCCUCAGCCUACUUAACAACGGACGGCUGCUCGAACCCUCGUCAUCCUUCCCCUCCACGAUCAAGACUGAGGACGGUUCUGGCACCAGUCGUUGCUCCAAGCCCGAGGAGAGCUCCUCCUCAUCGUCCAUUGAGCUAGAGGAGGAAGCGCAACAAAGCCAUUUGAACCAACAAAAGACCUCGGCUGUUCUGCGCAUUUUCACAGACUCCCUGCAUAACUAUCUGCUCUCAGGGCAGAAGCAACAACCUUGUCCGGUUUUGGGCUCAGAUGAUGAGCGCUGCCGCUCGGCGGAUCCCGGUUCUGAGGUCUCACCGCCGAGGCGCACCCUAGUGGGCUGGGGCUCUCCGACGCCGUCCGACUCAUAUGGACACCCUUCGUCCACGCUGCCAGAAGAUGAGGAAGAGGAAGAGAGCUGCUGCCCGCGUUGCUUGGAGCUGGAGCAAGAAGUUCUGUCGCUGCAGCAGGAGAACGAGGAGCUCCGCAACAAGCUGGAAGCCGUCCCAGUACCCUGUCAAAAUGUUCUUGAAUACUUCAAGAAUGUCGUCGAGUUUCACAACCAACUAGUGCCACCCAUACCAGAGGAGCCACUCACUGAGGAGGAAGAACAGCAGACAGUCUUUGAGGGAAGCAAGCAGCUGUUGGAAAACUACCCUCUCUUCAUCACCAAUAAGCAGUGGGAUGAAGCGGUCAACUCUUCCAAGAAAGACGGUCGACGGCUACUGCGUUACUUGAUCCGCUUCGUCUUCACCACCGACGAGCUGAAGUUCUCAUGUGGCCUGGGCAAACGCAAGCGCUCGGUUCAUUUGAGGGAACAGGGCCUAGAGAGACGACCACUCAACCCCAUCAAAGUCAGCUGCCUCAGAGAGUUCAUCCGCAUGCACUGUGCCUCCAACCCAGAUUGGUGGAUGCCCUCCGAAGAGCAGAUCAACAAAGUUUUUAGUGAUGCCGUGGGCCACGCUCGGCAGGGCCGCGCCGUAGGCACCUUCCUCGGGGGCGGGGGAGGUGGUGGUAACCUCCUCUAUCUGGACGGCUUUGACGGACACCUGUCUCAAGACGAGCUCUAUUUGAAAGGCUGUCAAAAUGGCCAGCUGGACUGACAGACCCACACCAAAUGUAGCUAUACAACAACAUAUUCCAAAACACUGACCUUAUCCUGUAACUUUAUAACAGAGCUUGGGAACCCUUUUUUGUGUCAGGGGCCAAGUCCUUAAAGGGCCAAACUAGAUUUACUAAACAAUAUAUACAGUAUAUGAAUGCGAUGAUCAAACAUGUUUUCAUUCAGGCAAUAUGAGCAAUUAUGUUUCUUUUUUAAUGCAUUUACUCUGAGGGUGUAGUUGUUUUAGAAAGAAAGGUCAGAUCAAAUGCUCACACAGGACGUAUAUUGCCUAUCAAUCAUAGGUUCCUCAUCCUUGCUUUACACAGUGAUGUAUCACAUCCGAAUUAAUGUUGUAGCCCAACAACAACAGCUAAAUGAGGGUUAGAUUCAAAAAGGAAUUUGCACCAGAUGAAAGUUUGUAUGUUAGCCCAGGGGUCGGGAACCUAUGUCUCACGAGCCAUAUAUGGCUCUUUUGAUGAGCGCAUAUGGCUCUCUGCCAACCCGCCGGCUUGUUUGAUAUGAACCAGCUAUGAUAAGCUGAUGGCGCAUUCGCACAUUAAUCAUGGACACUUCAAAUGUGCGUCUAAAUAAUAUGCUUCAAGUCAGGUCAUGCGGAGAUAUGCAAGAUCGCCUCGUGUGUUAAAGGGCAACUGAAGACCUUUCCGGAUUUUGGUGUAAUUUUACAAAUAUAAACUUUGGAAGAGUUCGUCAAAACAACCAUGAAAUUAUCAACACAUAAUUGCAAGGAUAAUUUGCGUUUUUUUAGUUUUUUUGCACUCCGUUAAUAGUCCCUUCGCAAACCCGGAAGUGUGACGUAGAUUUCCCGAUGCAACAUAGAAGACUAUCCACAGCUAGCAUAGCAGCAACAACGAUGUCAGUGAUAUUUCCACCAAAGGUAACCAUCCAGGAUCACUCUUUCGUGAUGCUACCGAUGGCAAAGGCUCCCAGGAAAGAUGAACUACAAUUAAUCCCUACAUGUUUGAACCUGAGGCGUCAGAUGACGGCGAUUUACUUGACACAGCAGAUGUCGUCAUGACGCCAAUUGACAGCUCGACACUUCACGAACGGGAGAGUGAGUGGUAAGCCUAAAUCCAGCAUCGUUAUUUUUUUAUUUGAGAGAAUGCGAUUACAUGGUUGUAUAUUUUUCCAUGCUCUCCACAUAGCUAAAACUGGAUAUUAGGUAAUGGGACAGCUCCUACUGAUCUAAAUAUGGUAAAGCUAGCCCAAAUGUGGCCAAAUGAAUGAUAUGUUAUUGAUUUUUGAGGCUUUAUAUUUACCCUGAGACAGGCCAAAAAACAACGAGCCAAGGACCUAUUUGGUGCUAGGGACAUUUGAACUUACAUAAUACCUAUUGAUAUAGUAAUAAAAUCACAUGAGUAGACCUGUCAGCAAACCUAUCUACUUAUGACAGGGCAACAGCAACAAAAAAAAUGUAGCACUUCAACAAACAGGUAGUAGGAGUCCCCCUCGUUUAUCAACAGAAGUGCAUCAAAUUUUAGAAUCAGAGGGUCUACUUACGUCUUUGUAAAACCAAGGUUGCAUUGUUGUAGGUUUUCAAAGCUGUCGUCGCUGAAAUGAUGAAAACAAUGAGCCGAUUGGGGACCUGUAUGCAUGCUCACAAAAACGGUCCAAACCUUUGCAGGAGAAGUUUUUUUGGACCACCCAUAGAGUCUCGAGUCUUCCUGUGAGCAAAUCAUCGCUUCACAUCGAGAUGGCAUGACAAAUCUCGCGAGUAAAACCCAGAAAAUGUUUGCGAUAUAUGGCGAGGAUAGCGUGGUGCUAUAUUUCCGUGUUCAGAGUGGUGGCGAUGCUCCCUGGAAGCUAUGUCAUCAGGUAGCGGUCGGCAGGGCAGCGCGUCCCUCAUUGCUAUGGUGUUGCUAUGGCCAUAACUCAAAAACUAUGCGGUCAAUUAUUUAUUUAUUUAUUUUUAAUGUGACUUUUUGAGACAGCGAAUGAUGGAUUUAAUACAAUUCAACCGAGUAAGAACGAAAUCCGAAAAGCUCUUCAGUUGCCCUUUGAUUUACCACUCAGCCAGCGGCAGGGUCUGCCCCGCCCGACUCAUUACCGAGCAAACUGGAGUAUAUAAAAAAUACAUCGGGGAAAAUUAAACCACAAAAGGGAACCGCGUGUUACCCCAAGUCACACAUGUGCUUCACUUUUCUGACUUCUUGGACUGUCAAAUUUUCGCCACUUCCAGGAGAGCGAGCUUCACGAAACGACCGCCCAGAAAGGCUUCGCCUGUCUCGGCCACUGUUAUGCACACGUCCCCCUGGUCGUCCCCGAUUGUGGUUUCCUAUUCCAGGAAAUAUACGCGGCACCACACCAUGUUUCUAUUUGUUAUUUUCCUUGUGGUGAGUGCACAACUGCGCAACAAUUGUAACAACCCAAAUAACGAUGUUAGACUUUAUUUGUCGUUUUCUCAAGAUUUAUUUCAUUCGCAACUCUGCAACUGCUUGUAAAAGCAGAGCCUGACCACCCUCCGCCUCCCGUGUAAUGCAUUCAGAAGCCUUCAUGAAAGAAACAGUGCUUACAAAACGGACUCUGACAAGCUGGCAAAAGAACAUAUAAUAUACAGUGUGUGUUUAUAUACAGCGGUAUGAAAAACCUGAACCUUUUGGAAUUUCUCACAUUUCUGCAUAAAAUCGCCAUCAAAUGUAACCUGAUCUUUUUCAAAAUCACACAGAUGAAAAAAACUUGUCUGCUUUAACUAAAACCCCCCAAACAUUUAUAGGUUUUCAUAUUUUAAUGAGGAUAGUAUGCAAACAAUCACAGAAGGUUGAAAACAUCGAUCAGGACUAAUCUUGGCCCAUUCUUCUCUAAAAAACCUUUGUAGUUUAAUCAGAUUCCUGGGAUGUCUGGCAUGAACCGGUGUCUUUAGGUCAUGCCACAGCAUCUUAAUGGGGUUCAAGUCUGGACUUGUACUUGGCCACUCCAGAACAUGUAUUUUGUUCUUUAGAAACCAUUCUGAAGUUGAUUUAUUUCUGUGUUUGGAACAUUGUCAUGUUGCAGCAUCCAUCCCUUUUUAGCUUUAACUGUCUGACAGUUAGCUUCAACUGUCUGACAGACGGCUUCAAGUUUUCCUGCAAAACAUCCUAAUAAACUUUUGAAUUCAUUCUUCCGUUAAUGAUUGCAAGUUGUCCAGGCCCCGAGUCAGCAAAACAGGCCGAAAAAAUGAUGCUCCCUCCACCAUGCUUCACAGUGGGAAUGAGGUGUUGAUGUUGGUGAGCUGUUCCAUUUUUCCUCCACACAUGACAUUGUGUGUUACUCCCAAAUAAUUCAACCUUGGUUUCAUCAAUCCACAAAAUAUUUUGCCAAAACAUCUGUGGAGUGUCCAUGUGCCUUUUUGCGAACAUUAAACGAGCAACAAUGUUUUUUUUAGACGGCAGUGGCUUCUUCUAUGGAGUCCUCCCAUGAACACCAUUCUUGGCCACAGUUUUACAUAUAGUUGAUGUGUGCACAUAGAUAUUGGACUGUGCCAGUGAUUUCUGUAAGUCUUUAGCAGACACUCUAGGGUUCUUUGUUACCUCUCUGAGUAUUCUGCGCUGAACUCUUGGCAUCAUCUUUGGUGAAUGGCCACUCCUUGGGAGAGAGGCAACAGUGCCAAACUCUCUCCAUUUGUAGACAACUUCUAUGACUGUCGAUUGAUGAACAUCCAGAAUUUUAGAGAUGGUUUUGUAUCCUUUCCCAGCUUUAUACAAACCAACAAUCCUUGAUAGCAGGUCUAUUCUGCGGUGAACUCUUGGCAUCAUCUUUGGUGGAAGCCCACUCCUUGCGAGAGAGGCAACAGUGCCAAACUCUCUCCAUUUGUAGACAACUUCCCUGACUGUCGAUUGAUAAACAUCCAGAAUUUUAGAGAUGGUUUUGUAUCCUUUCCCAGCUUUAUACAAAUCAACAAUCCUUGAUAGCAGGUCUUCAGACAGCUCUUUUGACUGAGCCAUGAUGCACUUCAGGCAAUGCUUCUCAUCAAGACAAUUCUUACUUGGUGUGUGUUUUAUAGUGGGCAGGGCAGCUUUAAACCACUCAUCAGUGAUUGGGCACACACCUGAGUUAAAUUGUUUGGUAAAAAUUGGUUUCAAUUGCUCUUUAAAUCUCCUUUGGCAGAGAGUUCACUUACUUACUAUGUUUCCCCCUUCUGUCAUUGUUUGAAUGUUAUCCUCAUUAAAAUGUGAAAACCUAUAAAUGUUUGGGAUGUUUUAGUUAAAGCAGACACAGUUUUUUCAUCUGUGUGAUUUUGACAAAGAUCAGAUCACAUUUAAUGGUGCUUUUAUGCAGAAAUGUGAGAAAUUCCAAAAGGUUCAGAUACUUUUUCACACCACUGUACAUACAUACACAUAAACACACACUGUAUGGCUCUUGUGGAAUCACAUUUUAAAAUAUGUUGGGUUUUGGCUCUGUCUAAAAGGUUCCCGACCCUUGUGUUAGGCCAUCCUUUCCUUGUUUUGUUGGGUUAAGAAAGUAGGACAUGAACAAAACUCAUUGUAGCAGUGCUCGUAGAUGCUAUGGAAUACAAAGAGUAUGCUUCCUGUCUCACUGAGGACCUUCUCCAAAUUUUGAUAUACCCAAAUCUGAACCAUCAGGUGUAGUUGCAUUCACACUGUUCUCCGGCUUUUGUGACGGUUUAAAAAUUGUGGUCUGUCAUACACAGUGGCCUGAAAUAAAAAUUGUGUAGAAAAGACCUGUGCUUAGAAUUUAUCUGUUAAUCUCCUUAUUUAUUGACUAGAAGGGAAAAAUAAGUCAAAUGUUCAAUGAGUCAUGUAACACAAAACUGUCAGUUUGGUGAGCAUCUAAAUGCCACAUUACAAAAGGGGGAAAAAAUGAACUGCAAGAUUGAAAAAAUGUCAGGCUUCUUAGUACAAUAUUAUCAAUACAAUUACAUGCCGAAAUUAGCUUUACCAAACAAAUGCUAAUGUCAAUACAUGUGCACUGUAUUAUACACCACACACGUUAGUAACAAUGAAAACACCUUCCUGCUCUCUCUCAGUCGAGUGUCUGUCAGGUGUCAUCUAAAUGGUACGUACAGCAGUAAACCUUGGAAAAAUGUAAUGCACUUUACAUAAUACAUUCCUUCAUUUGAGAAUAUUACAACAGCAUGAGAGUCGACCAGGUUUU